ACGGGAGAGUCGGCGCCGGAGUGUAGAGGUAGCUUACAACCACUGGGAUGAAGUCGCAUCAGGGCAGGAGGACAGUGGCAUGUGAGUGAAGCACGGAUGGAGGAUGAAGAUCUGAGUGCUGUCCUCUGUGAGUUCAAUGCAGUCAUCGAGGAUUUUGCCUCCCCCAUAGACAAGAGACAUUUCCGAUAUGAUGAACAUUUAAGAUGCAUGAAGAGGCGCAACAGCACGAGCACAAGUGAUGGUGGCAUGAGUGACUCAGAUAGUACAGACUCACUUCAGAGAGACAGCUUCAGCAACAAGAAGCUUAAUAGUUGCUCACUUUCAUCUCCUAAAGCAGCAAAGCUUGGAGACACCAAGGAACUGGAAGACUUUAUUGCUGAUUUGGACAGAACUUUAAAAAGUAUGUAAGAACAGCAACAAAGCCUACACCCUGGUCCUGGAAAACCACAGAAAAUACUCCAAGAAUAUGUCACCUUUACUAAUGGCUGUAUUUUUAAGUUGGUAAAAACAAUGACUGCAGAUGUGAGAAACCAGAUUCUGGAUUAGUGGUGCUGGAAGAGCACAGCAGUUCAGGCAGCAUCCAGGGAAUUUAAAAAUCGAUGUUUCAGGCAAAAGCCCUUCAUUAGGAAUACAGGAUGAAGGGCUUUUGCCCAAAAUGUCAAUUUUACUGCUCCUCUGAUGCUGCCUGAACUGCUGUGCUCUUCCGGCACCACUAAUCCAGAAUGUAUUUUUAAGUUGUCUUGGAGCAGGUCACUCAAUCAGUAAAUACAUUUCAGAGCAACUUCUGUUUCAAUAUUUUUUAAUAUUUGCAUGCUUUAUAUUUUACUGAAAGAGUUUAGAAUCCAUUUUUCUAGUGUAGAAGUACUAUGAUGGGUGUCCCCAUGGUGGUUGGCAGAGGAAGGCCAUAGGUUUGAGAGCAGUGGCAAGUAGAUUUAGCCAUGGUUUGGGAGACAAGGCUGUGGCACGAGGGAGAAAGGUUCUGGUUUUGGGCACUGCUGCAGUCUUACAGGACAGUAAAUCUAGGUAUUUGAAGGAGCAGGACUGCUUUCAUUAUUAAAUUAGUCAGCAUCAGGUUUGUCCUUGCUCUAUGUAAGCACAUGGCCUGUCCAUCAUAUUAAAUGAACUGGUUUCUCGGCUGAUGUUCCAGCAGCACAUUAAGUAAAUUUUGAAAAGCUGUCUUUUUUUAUAAAAGUCAUAAAUGACGAAAUGUUGUGGCAAGUGAUUGUUUCACAUUGAAAUAUAUUAACUUGUAAAAUGAAACAUUUACUGCAUUUAGGAGUCUUUGUAUGUGUACAUAAACUAGACAGUACAUACAGUGCAAACUGUUG